AUGGAGUUUAAGCCAUAUGGAUUCAAUGAUUUGGAUUGUAAAAGCAUCUCCGAUGUUAAAAAAUUAUUGAAAGUGAAACGCCAUAAUGAGACUUGUGGUACUCAAAAUGAUGUGGAUGUAACAGAAAACGGAAAUUCACUGUCAAAAACAGAAAUUUUUUUAUAUGGAAAAUGUAAAAAAGAAUUUAAUUUCCAAAUUAAGAGAGUUGUAUCAAUAUCAAGGGAUUCGAGAAAGCCUACCAAAAAGAUUCCAUAUAAAUUGGUUAAGAAAGAUAUUCUGGUUGCUUUGUAUGCAGUGAUUUCAAAUUAUGUAUUGACUUGUCCUCCAAAGGAUAUAAACGAAAUCACGGAUAUUAUUUUUGCAGGACAAUGUGCAUACGAAAAUUUGGUUCUUAAAAAUAAAAUAAGAACCUCUUGGAGGGAAAAUAUUGAGAAGAGAAUUACUAAAUGCAAGGAGAACCUCACUCUUAUUGCUAAUUUCUCCAGUCUGAAAUCCAAAAGUGAAAAGGAUACGGCCCUGGACUUUAUGUGCUCCUUUGGAUAUAAGAAGUCGAAAAAGGGAGAAAUCACCAGAAUAUGUACGUUAAUUGAAGAUAGAAUAAAAAUCAUGGAAAAAAGGAUUUCGAUUUAUGAGUCACGAAAAUCAUUUAGAAGAGACAAUUUUUGUUUUGAACUCAACAGAAAGAGGUUUUCCCGAAACCUGAAUGCUGGAGAAGAUAAUAAAUAUACGUUGCCAGAAGGUGAAUGUUUGUCAUUUUGGGAAAAGACAUGGAAAAAAGAUGAAAAUCAUAUUGUUACUGAUGUUGUUGGAAAACGUAUAACUGGCAUAGAACAAUCCCCAGUUGACAUCAAACCAGACUUUAUCAAAAGUAUUAUUAACUAUGCGCCAAACUGGAAGACUUCUGGAUGCAAUGGACUUGUUGUGAAUCACCUACUGACUUGCGUCCGAUUACAUGCAUGCCUAUACUAUACAAACUUGUUACAAAAUGUGUCAACACUAAAUUUGGUCUUGUUUCGGAUUACCAAACUGGGAGCUAGAAGACAUUGCCAGGGUGCAAAAGAACAGGCUUUAAUAAACCAGUGCAUUAACAAUCACUGUGGAAAUAACUUAUUUGCGACAUGGAUUGAUAUAAACAAAGCAUUUGAUUCUGUUAACUAUGAAUUUUUAUCGCUGGUAUUGGAUUAUUCUGGACUCCCUGAGUGGAUUGUAAAGUUUAUUAAAAGUUUGAUAAGUAAAUGGAAAGUGAUUCUGAAUCUCAAUGUAAAUAGAAUUGGAACAGUGAAAUUAGAAAGAAGAAUUCUUCAAGGAGAUUCACUAUCUCCCCAACUUUUUACGCUGGUAAUGGAUCCGUUGAGCAGGAUACUAAAUCACAAGUUUCCUAAAAUCUGUAUUGACCAUAAUGACCCGUCUCAAAUAACAUACUCAACUAAUCAUCUGCUAUUUAUUGAUGAUUUGAAAAUACUUGCUGAGAAAGAAAAUACGAUCUUGAGGAUGAUGGAAAGUAUUGAUGAAUACUUCAGUGUUGUUGGUCUCAGGAGGAAUUCUGAAAAAUCUGCAACCAAUCUGAAUUAUGUUAAAGAAACUAGAAGUUUUGACGGAUAUGAUGGAUAUCGAUAUCUGGGAGUCCUGGAGGAUAAAGGAAGCAAUGUAUUGAAGCAUGAAGUUAUGAAAAAAAUUGCAGAAAAUGUAAAGAAGAGAAUUGAAAGCUUUGUGAGCACGAAGAUAAAUGCAGUGAAUCUAUUCAAGGCGAUUAAUGAAUAUUCUCUAUCACUUUACAAUUACUAUAUUGGACUAAUUGACAUUGAGCCACACGAGUUUCAAGCCAUUGAUACCGAAGUUCGAAGGAUUCUAUCUAAUUUACAUGUUCAUCUGAAACCUGCAAAUAAGGAAAGAUUAUAUAUAAGCAGAUAUAACCUUGGAAGAGGACUUAAUUCAAUUGUCCAUAAAAGUGAAUGCAUGUUAUACCAAUUUUUGAUUGAUCUUGAAAGAAAGUCUGCAAUGUGUCUCAGAAAGGCUGGAAUCUUGCGGGUCCUGAAAAUAAAUAAAACACAUAUGGCCACCAUCGCAAGAUUUCUUACUUUCAAAUACAAUAUUGAAGAUCCUUCAGAAUUGAAUAUAAACAUAAUCAAGGAGAAUCAACAAAAGAGUCUAAUGAAGAUUAUUAAAUCGAAGAUGGUGCAUUCCGUACUUUUCAAAUGUUGUGAGGAUCAGAAUGUUGACAUCAAUAUGUCUACGGAAUGGCUAGUGAAUGGAAACAACAGUCCGAGAUCAGAAGCAAUGUAUUGUAUUAUUCAGGAUCGAAAUAUAUUUUUCAACGAUAACGGAGGAAUGUGCAAUCAUUGUAAUCAAGCUAAAAAAUCUGUUGAUCACAUGGCUACAAGAUGUAGCAGAAUGCUGAACAGUGAUUAUACCAGAAGACAUAAUGAAGUUAUAAGAUGCAUCCAUUUGCAUCUCUGCCGCCAAUAUGGAAUCAGGAAAACCAAAAGGUUAAAGUCACACACAGUCCAGUCAGUUAGCUCAAAUCAUAAAGUGGAGAUAAGAGUGGACAUCACCUUGCAGACAGAUGUUCAUGUAAAAAACAAUAUACCAGAUAUCUUUGUCCUUGAUAAAAAGAAAAACGAAAUCACUCUAAUUGAAGUCGGAAUUACUUCCCACGCCAUGUUAAAGCAAGUGGAAGUAGAAAAACUGCAUAAAUAUGAUCUUCUUGCUGGAGAAUUAUCUCAAAUCCACGGUGCGAAGGGAACGAUAAUCCCCAUUGUCCUCACAUGGGACGGGAUAGUUUCUAAAUUCUAUAAGUCUUAUAUGGAAAGACUGAAGUUGGAUGCUUCCACUAGAUCGUAUAUACAAUCGCUGACGAUUAAGAAGACAUUGGAGGCCAUGCUUGUUGAACAUAAACAUGGAGUGGAAAUUGAAAAACAUGAGGAACAAGUUUCAAGGGCCACCAACCACCUCCUAAAAUUGGCUAGAGAAACAACAGAUCCAUCAGAUUUGCCGGAAGAUGUGUCUCAUGUGUCAUAUGAAGUGUUAGAAGAGGAGAAUACGCAGAUCCAGUGCAACGGUCCAAAAAGGAGGAGAAUUAUAUAG